UAAAUGUAAAUUGAUUGUUCACGAACUUUCUCGAAACACUUCGGUAAGUAUAUAACCGGCUCUAGCCGGCGUUGAUGUCAGUUUCUACUGUUAGCAGUUUGUGAGAAGUGCGACAGUCGAAAAAGUUAUUCGCCGCAAAUUUACAAAAAAAAGUUAAGAAAAUGUCUCUAAUUCCAUACUUGUUCGACGACUCCUAUUUUGCAAGACCAUCAAGAAUUUUCGACCAACAUUUUGGAAUGGUGUUGGAGCCCGAGGAUUUAUUCCAACCGGUUUCCAGACAUUUCCUUCGUUGUCCGGCUGGCUACAUAAGAAAUUGGAAAUCUGCAGCAUCAGAACAUGAUUCUGGAUCCGUCGUUAAUUACGGUAAAGAUCAAUUUUUGGCCAAUUUGGAUGUGCAACAAUUCAAACCUGAUGAAAUUUCUGUAAAAGUCACUGGAGAGAACACAAUUACUAUCGAGGGUAAGCACGAAGAAAAGGAAGAUGAACAUGGCCACAUUUACAGACAUUUCCUUCGAAAAUAUGUCGUACCUAAAACUUACGAUAUGAGCAAACUCGAAUCAAAGUUAUCUUCUGAUGGAGUUCUUUCCAUUACGGCGCCAAGAAUUGAUGCAGGACAAAUAACCCACAAAGUUAUUCCUGUAGAACAAACCGGACAACCUGCCAAGGCCAUCGAAAAGGAAAGCGGAGCGGGUGAUAAGAAGUAAACUUGUACUUUCGCAUUUUUACAUGUUUAAUUUGUAAGUUUUUUUAUACCACUGCUUUUGUAUUUUUUGUUAAUUUUGAUUAGGUGUUAGUUCCACAAUUUAUGUUUUUUUUAAAUUUGGUUCUAAUUUUAAGUGAUGCUUUGAAUAGUAUUUGUAUUUACUUGUAGUGGUAUAAUUAGUCACUGUAAUGAUUUUGUAAGACUGGUUAACAUAAUAAACUUAUCGUUAUAUUGA